AUCGGGCGCGAGGAUGAGCGCAAAGAUAUCCCUGGCGAGCCGCGGCACGGCACAGUCGCCGGUCAACCAUCGUGGCAAAUCAUCGUCGGGGCUGCUGCUCGCCGGGAAGUCUGUGAAGAGGCCGUCGUCGAUGACCGUAGAGGUGACUGGCACCGAGGAAAGAGCCGUCAAACGAGCCGCUGUCCCAGAACUGGAAGCAUCGUCCAGCUCGUCGCGUCCAAACAGUUUGUUGGAGAGAGAGAGCAACAUGCCAGUUUUAACGCGCGCCUGCACUACUGCCACGCUCCCGAGGAUCAAGAGGUUCAAAUUCGCUUCGUUCGCGUCCGGCUCGCGUCUCGACGCAGCGACGACGGGCGAGGCGAGGAGGGCGUCGACCACGGGGGAGGGGAAGGAGUUGCUGCGUAGGAGGCAUUACAGGGAGGUCGUCGUUUACGACGAUUGCACCGACGACGUGGACCGGCUGCCCGUCCAGCAUCCUCUGUUCCUCGUGCUCGUCGCGUUGUUGGACGACAACAGGGAGCCUGCUCUUCUUUUGGGCCGGGCAAUUUCUGUACCAAUUAAAGAUUUAAGACCAUUACCGAAACCAAUUGGAACAAAAUACCAUAAUUCAUCCGAUCUUAAAUACUAA